AUGAGUAAUCGUAAAAGUACUGCUGCUAGUCUGUUGUUACGACAAUAUCGAGAGCUAACUGAUCCCAAGAAAGCUAUUCCAUCUUUCCAUAUAGAACUAGACGAUGAUUCAAACUUGUUCGUAUGGAAUAUUGGUGUCAUGGUUUUAAAUGAAGACUCCAUUUAUCACGGAGGUUAUUUCAAAGCACAAAUGAGAUUCCCUGAAGAUUUCCCCUUCUCACCACCACAAUUUAGAUUUACCCCUGCAAUCUAUCAUCCAAAUGUAUAUAGAGAUGGUAGACUAUGUAUAUCGAUUCUACAUCAAGGUGGUGAUCCAAUGACGGACGAACCGGACGCAGAAACGUGGUCUCCAGUACAAACAGUAGAAAGUGUAUUGAUUUCUAUCGUAUCAUUAUUGGAAGAUCCAAAUAUUUCAUCUCCUGCUAAUGUGGAUGCAGCUGUUGAUUAUAGAAAAAAUCAAGAACAAUACAAACAAAGAGUUAAGAUGGAAGUCGAAAGGUCAAAACAAGAUAUUCCAGCCGGUUUCCAAAUGCCAACAUCUCAUUCAGCAUAUGUUUCUCAAAGUAAAUCACCUGAACCUGAACAGACAAAAUAUGCAACUGAUAAUUUUUGGUAUGAUAGUGAUCUAGAAGAAGGUGAUGAUGUAUACAAUUACGAAGACUAUAAAGAAGGAGAAGGAGAAGGAGAUGAUGAGAGCAUGGAAUUCGAAGAAGACGGUGAUAGUAUAGAUACAGAUAGUGUGAUGGAUAGAAAGCAACCUAUAAAGGCAGAUGAUGAAUUUGAGGACGAUGUAGAAGAGGUAAAUAAAGCUGAACAAAAAUAG